CGCACAUCAAUGGUUAAACCGGUUCACCAAUCACACAUAUUUACCGGUUUAAUUUCGGCCGACAGCUGUUUAUUUUUCUUAAAGCGUUAUCAAAAAGGGUUUUUAUUGAUGUUAUAAUAUGAAUAUCCAACCGUAAUUUACCACGUAUCACUUUCAAUAUUUAUCACGCAUAGCUGUAAAUUGUCAGCGUCCGCCAUGAGUGACCAAAAAACAGUAAAUUUGCUGUGGAACUGUGCCUCCAAGCUGACCGACCAAACCCACACAGAACGGAUCCUCAAAUCCUAUUACAUAACCACCUGUAGGAAGCUGGCCCGGCACAAUGUCCAGUUGCCCGAGGAGAGCUUUGGACCCGCACGCAUGUGCUCCCGCUGCGGGAACCAGUGGACAGGUGGCCGCUACCAGCUCCACCUCCAGCCACAAGAACUGAUGCAGAGUGCUAAGAACCGGAGACUGAUCACCAAGCUGGAAGCCGUGAAGGGCAAGAUGGCAAAGGGCGAGAUGAACAGCGGGGCCAGGAAACGGGCCAAGUGGCUCAAGAAGCGUAUGGCCAGUAACAUGGCCGUGGACUGCGAUGUUUGCCAUCACAAGACAAUGUUGGCUCUGGAGAAGAGCCGAAAGCGCGCCAAAGUAAAAGCCACGGAGGAGACAAUGGUAGUCACACAACCUGCGCCAGCGGGCCAAAACAAAAAGAAGGCCAAAACGAAGAAGUCUCAGGCGCCGAAUAAAGAUAUCAAUGCAGGCCUGAAAAUGCAGCAAAAAGCGCCUCAGCGACAGCAGCAGCCUUCGAAAUCGCCAGCUCCAUCCAAAAACGCGUCCCAACCAGUCGGCAUAGCUUCCCAAAACCCAAGUCAGACAUCGAAGAAGAAAAAGAAGAAGCCUGCCCAGCCAGCGCCCACCGCACCAAAAACGCAGUCCAAAACCCAGAAGCAGAACGUACUGCUGCAAAUAGCUGCCCAGCUGAAGUCGAACGCGUUUAAAGACGCCAGCAAAACGCAGCAGAAUCGCCUCCAAGCGUUCCUCAAGUAGCGGCCAGAAGACAGCUCCGGCCAUGCAUUAAAGUACAAAGAAUGAAAAUACUUGUUGUGGCACAUAAUUAAGCGUUAGCACAAUACUAGAAUCAGACUCUUUGUGCCGCUUGAUAAAGCCAGCCGAGGUGGGAACCUGUUAUCCACUCGCCCGGUCUUCUGGGUCGAAUCACGCAACGGCUAUGCACUUAUCACUGCUGCCGGAGACAAGUCCAGGCGGGGGGACCCAAGGUUGUCCAGAUAUUGCGCAGCCAACCUGGUCAGCAUGCUUAAUUUAUUUCUCGGAGCGCAACGUUUAAUUAAAAUUGAGUUGUUUGCCUCAGCAUCCCAUGAACGCGUCCUUCAAAACUGCUGCCCAAAAAGGGCAGCCGAUCGGCUCUGGACGGGCCGCUUUAUCUGCCGCCGAUUGUGAAGAGCACACGCACAGGAGAAGGCUCCAGACUCGGCUUCGACCCAUGGCCCUCUGCUUACCCCUUUCUGUGCCGAAGACUCGGAUUUCUCGGCAGCUGCGGCAACAACAUCUGCCUGCCACAUUAGAAGAUUUCUGGUUCCACAGACUAGCCACUCGGCACGAACAUCUUGUAUGCAUGCACAUGCAGAAUGAGGAAAAAAAAGUUUACCUUAGGGAAAUAAUGCCAUUUUAAGGACAGUUACUUAAUAUUAAGAAAAUGUGAUAUACAAACAUAAAUUGUAAUAGAGAGUCUUGAAAUUAUAAUACAAAUAUGUACAAUU